AUGUCAAACGGAAUGUUUAAUUCAAACCCAUCCGUGACCUAUAUCAUCGACCCACGAUACCGACCCAUGCAGGAAGUUGUCCGCACCACACCUACUGCUAAUUACCAGGUUGCUGGCGCUUACCAGGCUGGAGCGCAAGUAAACCCACAGCAGGUUUACUGCACACAGAACUCCUCCAAUCUGCGUCCUCUGCAGCAGAUCCAGAACUACCCUUCGAACCACGCCCAAAUCCGCGCCCAUCAUCUGGCUCCGGACCACAUUCAGAAGCGCGUGAAGCUGAGCCACCCUGAGGAGACCCCCGCCAAGAUCUGCAAAGAGAGCUCUCCCCAGAUCGUCCUCCAGAAACGGGCCCAGAGGCCAAUCCGGGGGGUCAAAUUCGACCUUGGCCCAAGCCGCCCAAGCCAUCCGAAGCACCUUCCCCGGGCCCCAUGCCCAGCGAAGCGCCUUCGCUCAUGCCUCGCAAAGCACCUUCGCCAGCCCCCCGUGACGGAUCAAGCUGAUCAGGAACCCGAUCCUUCGACAACUUGGAAACAAUCUUUGAAACACCUUGUCGAUGAUGUCGUCUUUGAUGGAGAAGAUGGUUAUUCCCCGGAAUUCCAUAUGAAGGUUCUGGCUGCGACUUCGUUUAUUGAUGAAUUGUUAAGUCCUCCUUCUGGAUCUACUAAUUGA